AUGAGAGAGAAAAAGAUAGAUCAGCGUUGGCCCAGCAAUGCCUCUGCUUUCUCGACGGCCGAUCAUCACACUUCUGUAGAGAUUGAGGAAGAAUCUCUCCCGAAUUAUCACCCUAACAAGUACUACCCAGUGCGACUAGGGGAGGUCCUCAACAAUAGGUACCAAAUACUUGCCAAGCUGGGCUAUGGAGUGACAUCGACUGUUUGGUUUGGGAGGGAUUUAUAUGACUCCAACUAUGUGGCCCUAAAGGUAUAUGUAACAGGGCAAGAAACAAACCACGAGCUGAAGAUCUACGAACGUAUCAACUCCGUCUCGACCGCCCAUCCUGGCAAACGAUUCAUCCGCAAGCUCCUCAACCAUUUCCCUAUCCAAGGACCGCAUGGUCGACAUACGUGUCUUGUCCAUGAGCCUCUUGGAAUCAGUUCCGGCGAACUAAUGCAGUGGAUUCCUGGCCAGGCGAUGACCCUUGAGGAUCUAAAGCCGUGUAUCCGUCAGCUGCUUGUCAUUUUGGACUUUCUACGCUCCGAGGCCAAUGUGAUCCACACAGAUCUUCAACUUAAAAAUCCCCUUCUCCCGGCACCUGAUCAACAGACGCUGUCCAGCUUUGAAGAAGCAGCAGUGAGAACACCGUCCGCUAGGAAGGUUCUGCACGAUCGAACAAUAUACACGUCCUCAAGAUUCCCACCCAGUAACGGUAUCCCCCUGUUGAGUGAUUUCGGCGAAGCUCGAUUCGGCGAUGAGGAGCACGAUGAAGAUAUCAUGCCGAAUGUUCAUCGAGCUCCUGAGGUUAUACUCAAGAUGAAGUGGGACUCCAAGGUUGAUAUAUGGAAUAUUGCCAUGGUUGCAUGGGACAUUGUCUGCCCUCGUACUCUCUUCGAUGGUAGAAACUCCGACGGCAUCUUCGAUGACCGGGUGCAUCUUGCAGAGUUGGUUGCCCUUCUAGGCCCUCCACCGCCUGAAUUUCGCCAAAAGAGCAAAGUCAGUUCGGUUUUCUGGGACGAGUCUGGAAACUGGACCCAGUCAGUACCUCUCCCUGAUACAAACCUAGAAUGCUUAGCUGCCAAAAUCCGGGGAAAUGAUAAGCAGGGUUUCUUGCGAUGGCUUCGCACAGCUCUGCAGUGGAAUCCAGCAGAUAGACCUACAGCUUUGGAACUUCUUUACGAUGAGUGGAUGAUGAAGGGGCUUAACCUACGGAGUUCCAAGCCAGUCAAAGAAAGAGACAACUAAGGGCAUACCUCUCGAACAUGAUCAGGUCCUAUUCUUUGAGUGAGUCUUGCCAUCCCACUACUUCAAUACAACCAACCCCGCUACGCGUUGACGACCAAAGGGUAUCUCUGCAGCUAGAGGCCCAC